UCCUGCGAGGCGCGUGAAGCCUUGCUGGCGCCUCGUCUGGGAUACAGACGCUGGCGGCCGCGGAGUUUCUCACGACCGGCGGAGCCCGCCUCCGCUGACUACAUUUCAGAAAGCAUCAACUUUUCUCAGUGGACCUAUUCAUCAAGUGAAAUAUGCCUGUACUGUACUUUGUGCUUCAUCAUGGAAAAAUUUCCCCCUCCAAAAAUGAAAGUAAAGAUAUUUGAGAAGGUGAUUUAAGGUGUGGACAUUUGGAAAAGUGUCCUAUCAAAUCAGUAAACCUCAAGAUAAGGGUUAAAUAGAUUAAGCCUAACCACUUAUUUUUUAAAUCAGGAGGAUUUCAUCUUAAUAGAAAAACAACUUUUAUUCAAUAUGUAUUUUCUGAAAUUAAGAGAGAGAGACAAGAGUAGACUUAAAAGAAAAUAAAUGAAGAUGGUUAGUAAAGAAGCAAUGUCAACUCUUUUCUGAUGAGGAUAAUUCAGUGAUGUUAAAUCCUUUGCAAAUCCCUAGUUGUGGUCCUAAAGACAAGACUCUUUUUUGAUGGGACUGAUACUAAAGGAAGUCGUACCUUUUGUGUCUUCAACUCACAGUUGUAGAAGUUACAGUCAUUGGCAUGAGUGGCUUAAAAGAGGAAAUAAAGAAGUGUUCAGUUAAAUCCAAAAGUACAGUCACUUUUUUACUGCUGUGAUUUUAAAAACCUCUUCAUAACCACUGAAAAAGAAUUGACGACUAUUUUAAAAGAUUAAAGAAAGGCAGAUGUCUGCAAACAAUUCUCCUCCUUCAGCCCAGAAAUCUGUAUUACCUGCAACACUUCCUGCUGUGCUUCCAGCUCCUUCUCCAUGUUCAAGUCCAAAAACAGGACUCUCUGCCCGACUCUCUAAUGGAAGCUUCAGUGCGCCAUCACUCACCAACUCCAGAGGCUCAGAGCAUACAAUUUCAUUUCUGCUGCAAAUUGGCCUUACACGGGAGAGCGUUACCAUCGAAGCCCAGGAACUGUCUUUAUCUGCUGUCAAGGAUCUUGUGUGCUCCAUUGUUUAUCAGAAGUUUCCAGAGUGUGGAUUCUUUGGCAUGUAUGACAAAAUUCUUCUCUUUCGCCAUGACAUGAACUCAGAAAAUAUUUUGCAGCUGAUUAACUCAGCAGAUGAAAUACAUGAAGGAGACCUAGUAGAAGUUGUUCUUUCAGCUUUGGCUACAGUAGAAGACUUCCAGAUUCGUCCACAUACUCUGUAUGUACAUUCUUAUAAAGCUCCCACUUUUUGUGAUUAUUGUGGUGAGAUGCUCUGGGGAUUGGUACGUCAAGGACUGAAGUGUGAAGGCUGUGGAUUAAAUUAUCAUAAACGAUGUGCCUUCAAGAUUCCAAAUAAUUGCAGUGGAGUAAGAAAGAGACGUCUAUCAAAUGUGUCUCUGCCAGGACCUGGCCUCUCAGUUCCAAGACUUCUACAGACUGAAUAUGUAGCCCUUCCCACAGAAGAGUCACAUGUUCACCAAGAACCAAGUAAGAGAAUUCCUUCUUGGAGUGGUCGCCCAAUCUGGAUGGAAAAGAUGGUAAUGUGCAGAGUCAAAGUUCCACACACAUUUGCUGUUCACUCUUACACCCGUCCCACAAUAUGUCAGUACUGCAAGCGGUUACUGAAAGGCCUCUUUCGCCAAGGAAUGCAGUGUAAAGAUUGUAAAUUCAACUGCCAUAAACGCUGUGCAUCAAAAGUACCAAGAGACUGCCUUGGAGAGGUUACUUUCAAUGGAGAACCUUCCAGUCUGGGAGCAGAUACAGAUAUACCAAUGGAUAUUGAUAGCAGUGACAUGAACAGUGAUGGUAGCCGGGGCUUGGAUGACACAGAAGAGCCAUCUCCUCCAGAAGAUAAAAUGUUCUUCUUGGAUCCGUCUGACCUUGACGUGGAAAGAGAUGAGGAAGCUGUGAAAACAAUCAGUCCAUCGACAAGCAGUAAUAUUCCGCUAAUGAGGGUUGUGCAGUCCGUCAAGCACACAAAGAGGAAGAGCAGCACGAUGGUGAAGGAAGGGUGGAUGGUCCAUUACAGCAGCAGGGACACCCUGAGAAAGAGGCAUUACUGGAGACUGGACAGCAAAUGUCUAACAUUGUUUCAAAAUGAAUCUGGAUCAAAGUAUUAUAAGGAAAUUCCACUUUCAGAAAUUCUCCGCAUAUCUUCGCCACAAGAUUUCACAAACAUUUCACAAGGCAGCAACCCACACUGUUUUGAAAUCAUCACUGAUACUAUGGUAUACUUUGUUGGGGAGAACAAUGGGGAUAGCUCCCACAAUCCUGUUCUUGCUGCCACUGGAGUUGGAGUUGAUGUAGCACAGAGCUGGGAAAAAGCAAUUCGCCAAGCUCUCAUGCCUGUUACCCCUCAAGCAAGUGUUUGCACUUCUCCAGGGCAAGGGAGAGAUCACAAAGAUUUGUCUACUAGUAUCUCUGUAUCUAACUGUCAGAUCCAGGAAAAUGUGGACAUUAGCACUGUUUACCAGAUCUUUGCCGAUGAGGUGCUUGGUUCAGGCCAGUUUGGCAUCGUCUAUGGAGGAAAACACAGAAAGACUGGAAGGGAUGUGGCUAUUAAAGUAAUUGAUAAGAUGAGAUUCCCCACAAAACAGGAAAGUCAACUCCGUAAUGAAGUGGCUAUUUUACAGAAUUUGCACCAUCCUGGGAUUGUAAACCUGGAAUGUAUGUUUGAAACUCCAGAACGAGUUUUUGUAGUAAUGGAAAAACUGCAUGGAGAUAUGUUGGAAAUGAUUCUAUCCAGUGAGAAAAGUCGACUUCCAGAACGAAUUACUAAGUUCAUGGUCACACAGAUCCUAGUUGCCUUGAGGAAUCUACAUUUUAAAAAUAUUGUGCACUGUGACUUAAAGCCGGAAAAUGUGCUGCUCGCAUCAGCGGAGCCAUUUCCUCAGGUGAAACUGUGUGACUUUGGUUUUGCACGCAUCAUUGGUGAAAAGUCAUUCAGGAGAUCUGUGGUAGGAACUCCGGCGUACUUAGCCCCUGAAGUUCUCAGGAGCAAAGGUUACAACCGUUCUCUAGAUAUGUGGUCAGUGGGAGUUAUCGUCUAUGUUAGCCUCAGUGGCACAUUUCCUUUUAAUGAAGAUGAAGAUAUAAAUGACCAAAUCCAAAAUGCUGCAUUUAUGUACCCACCAAAUCCCUGGAAAGAAAUUUCUGGUGAAGCAAUUGAUUUGAUCAACAACCUACUUCAAGUGAAGAUGAGAAAACGUUACAGUGUGGACAAAUCUCUUAGUCAUCCCUGGCUGCAGGACUAUCAGACUUGGCUUGACCUUAGAGAAUUUGAAACUCGCAUCGGUGAACGUUACAUUACACAUGAAAGUGACGAUGCCCGCUGGGAAAUACAUGCAUACACCCACAAUCUUGUAUACCCAAAGCACUUCAUUAUGGCUCCCAAUCCAGAUGAUAUGGAAGAAGAUCCUUAA